UUCUAAUUUUAUUUGCUGUGUUAUUGUGAUACUCGGUUUCUGCGCCGUGAAAAUGCAGUUAUUUUUCCUUGUAACCUGCGCGCUUUUGCUGCUCCAUUCGGGAGCGGUAAAUGCGUCCAAAAUGGAGUUUUUCUCCUCGGUGCAUCAAAUGUCGAAAUUAGUGCAAGUUGAAGGUGUUCUCUUGAAGCAUAUGCAAAAAUAUGUGGAGUUUAAUGAAAAUAAAUUGGAGUUUCUGAAGGCUCGUUUGGCCGAAUUGGAAAGUGAUCGGUACGAAGCGCUACAGGAGGGCUUGGACUAUUUUGAUAGUCCUGUAAACAAAUAUUUAUUAACGAAACGUUUAACUUUGGACUGGGAGCGUGUUGAAAAUAUUAUGCAACAUGAAGCGGGAAAAAAACCGCUCGCUAACUUAGAGUAUUACGUUAACGCCCAUCCAUUCCCCGAAGUUUCCGAAUUAGAAGGCGCUAUUGCGGGGUUUUUGCGCAUACAAGAUGUCUACCGGUUGAAAGCCUCCGAUAUGGCUCAAGGUAUUCUGGAGGGUGUGAAAUACAACGUGGUAAUAGAUGCCCAACUCUGUUUGGAUAUCGCGAAAUACGCUGAAAAGGAAAACCAAAUGCGACUAGCGCAUGCUUGGGCCUUGGAAGCACUGCAACGCUUGCACAAAGCCAAAGAGAACGGCAGCGAACAGAAGUCCGUGUCGGAGAAAACCGAUAAAGCCGAAAUUUUGGAAUUAUUGGCGAAGACUAAAAGACAUUUGGGUGAUUUGCAGGGCGCAAACCAAACCUUUGCUGAGCUGGUAGCAUUACGACCGGAUGUCGAGAACUAUACGAAUAGCUACUUAGAUUUCCAGUUAGAAAACAUAUUUUCGGAAUACUCGACUGUUGAUCUCACCGAGGAGCAUGAGCCACUGCCAGCGAACCUGCUCAGCACCGAUGAGUUCACGCGCUACAAACACACCUGCAAUGGCCUGCUUAAGCAAACUCCAAGCGAGGAGCGUAAUUUGCGUUGCGGCUAUCUCACCGAAACCCAUCCAUUCCUACUGAUCGCACCCAUUAAAGCCGAAGAGUUAAAUCAUGAUCCGCUGCUCGUGGUUUAUUACGAUGUUUUGUCGGAUGUGGAAAUAGAGCAAAUGAAGACUUUAUCCAACGACUAUAUAGUGCGGGCAACAGUCAUGGGUUACAACAAGGGCGAAGUCUCGCCGGUUCGCACAAGCCAAUUUGUCUUCCUGCCGAAGCAGUCGCACCCACUGUUGACCGCGAUUGAUGUGCGAGCUGGGCAUAUGUCCGAUUUGAAUAUGGAUUUUGCUGAAGAUCACCAGUUCCAGAAUUAUGGCAUAGGCGGUCACUACGGCCAGCACUACGAUGCGUUUGACGCGAAGUUGGAACACGUGAUAAGUAGUCCUGAAAUGGGCAAUCGAAUUGCAACUCUGCUCUUCUAUCUAACGGAUGUUGAGCAGGGUGGCGGCACUGCCUUCCCCUACCUCAAGCGCCUGUUGAUGCCCAAGAAGGGCGCCGCGGCGUUUUGGUACAAUCUGCAUGCCGACGGUGUGCGGGACGUCCGCACUCUCCAUGGCGGCUGCCCGAUUAUUGUGGGCUCCAAGUGGGUGCUCAAUCGUUGGAUCCGCGAGUUUGUGCAGAGCGACCGGCGACCCUGCGAGUUACGGGUCGACAGUAGCUAA